UGUUCCUAGCGUCCCCUGAAACGUGUGCCGCGUACGUUGUUAUGUUUAACACGCAAAUUAAUAAUAUAAAUUCGCAGAACAACACUUUUAAAGCUCUUUAUGCGAAUGGUACACUAAAAUAAUUGCUCGUCGAAACAGUGGUCGCUACGGGGAAUAUUCAGAGAUUACUGUCAGUGUGAAUUCGAACCUAAAGGGAUUUUCUGAAGGAUUAUUAUUUUCAGCCUCAUAGAUUUCGAUCGGAAUACGAGAUACAAAACGGAGUAGAGAAUAACCAAUUGGAUAAUAUUUUCUUGCAACCAUGGCAAGUAAAAUCAAGGGGAUCUUCCAUCGGAAGCCUCAUGGACCGAGUGCUGAACGGCAGAGGCUACAGAAAGAGCUGUUUGCAUUCAACAAGACUGUGGAGCAUGGAUUUCCCCACAAGCCCAGCGCCUUGGCCUAUGACCCCAAGCUGAAACUUCUGGCCAUCGGAACUCAGAGCGGAGUCAUCAAGAUAUACGGAGCCCCAGGCGUGGAGUUCAUCGGUGUCCAUGAUGGCGAGAGUGCAGUCUGGCAGCUCUUCUUCCUCCCGGAGCAAGGGCGCAUCAUCAGCUUGCUGCAGGACAACAGCCUGCAUCUGUGGGAGGUCAACAUCAAGGAUGGCAACUCGGUCCUUGAAGAGGUCAAGUCCUUCUCCCUGGAAGGAAGACUCAAGAAGAUCUCCGUCUGUUGCCUGUCGGCCGACUGCAAGACCCUGUACAUGGGCACAGAAGGAGGCAACAUCUACCUUCUGAAUGUGGCGACCUUUGACAUGGAUGAGCUCAUCAUCUACCAAGACGUCGUUAUGCAGAAGUUACGUGAUUCCUCCUCCUCCUUCAGCGUUCCCGAUGACUACAAGGUCAACCCUGGCCCAGUGGAGGCCAUUGCUCAGCACCCUACCGAUGAAGAAAAGCUCCUGAUUGGCUACAACCGGGGCCUGAUCGUGGUCUGGCACCCCAAGGAACUGACGGCCGAGAAGACGUUUGUCAGUAACCAGCAGCUGGAGUCGCUGUGUUGGCAUCGCGACGGCCUGCGCUUCACCAGCGCUCACAACGACGGCAGUCACUGUGUCUGGAAUGUCUCGGAGUCCUCCCAGCCGGAGAAGGAGCCUGUUAUUACCUAUGGGACCAAGAAUAGUCCAAUUAUAGAUGGGGAAGAAUUGAAUGGACCAUUCCCUUGCAAGGCCAUCAACAAGCUGAAAUACCUGACUACCAAGAGCGACCCCUUCAUGAUCUUCUCCGGCGGUAUGCCGCGGGCCAGCUACGGUGAUCGCCACUGCGUGACCGUCAUGCAGGGCAAUAAUAAGCACGUCGUCUUGGACUUCACCUCUAAAGUCAUUGACUUCUUCACCAUGUCGGAUGUGGACUCUGUCUAUGAGUUUGAUGAGCCCCACACUCUGGUUGUCCUGGCUGAGGAGGAGAUUGUCUUCAUUGAUCUGCAGACAGAAGGUUGGCCAGUCUUCAACCUUCCCUACCUGUCCUCCUUGCAUGCUUCGGCAAUCACCUGUCAGCAACACGUCAGCAACGUCCCCUCGGAGCUGUGGGACAAGAUCACUGCAGCAGGGGAGCAACAGAUGGCUAGUACCACCUCCCAGAGGGAGUGGCCAAUGAACGGCGGUAAGAACCUGGCCGAGCUGCCCACGCCCCACGACCUCCUGAUGACGGGUCACGAGGACGGCACCGUCCGCUUCUGGGAUGCCUCCACCGUCUCCCUGAGGUUCCUGUACAAGCUGAGCACUGCCCAGGCCUUCCUGACGGACGCUGAACACGCUGAUGCCGGGGCUGGGGAGACUGAGGGAGAGUGGCCUCCAUUCCGUAAGGUUGGCAACUUUGAUCCCUUCAGUGACGACCCACGUCUAGGAGUCCAGAAGAUUGCCCUGUGCCCCAUCAGCGGCACCCUGUUGGUGGGUGGAACCGCCGGCCAGGUCAUUGUGCUCAACAUUGGAACCGAGGAAGUGGAGAAGAAUGUCGAGAGUUUCCCAAUUCAGAUUGUCGGGGAGCAAGACAAGUUUGUCUGGAAGGGCCACGAGUCCCUGGCCGUCAAGGAAGACCCUCUCAAGUUUGCUCCCGGCUUCCAGCCCUUCAUGGUGGUCCAGGCCCAGCCGCCGGCCUCCAUCACGGCCCUGGCGCUCCAGAGCAGCUGGGGGCUGACCACGCUGGGCACCAGCCACGGCUUCGCCCUGUUUGACAACACCCAGAAGAAGCUGAUCACGGCCCACUGCACCCUGAACCCCAAUGAUCUGUCCUCCACCGGCCAGCCCAUGACUCGUAAGCGCUCCAUGGCCAAGUCGCUGCGGGCGUCCAUCCGGAGGUUGAGGAAGCGACGACAGCAUAGCGGCCCCGCCGCCGGAGGAUCGCCUAAGAAGGAGAAGGCUGAGGGCGGAGCUAGUGCAUCUGGAGAGGGUGUGCAAACCACAGACAUUGAUGCUGAUAAGCCUGAGGGCAAGGAGGACAGUGGUGCCAAGGCCAGCCCAACCCGUGAGAUGGCCCAGGUGGAGCGUAAGAUUGAAGCCAGGGGGGAUGACACCAAGACUAGCAUGGUCCGAUAUCUCUACUUUGCCAACACCUUCGUCAAUGACAGUCAAGUGGCGACUCCAUCUCUGUGGUGUGGCACCAACGCCGGUGCUGUCAUCAUCUACGUCCUCAGCAUCCCAGGAGCUGACAAGAGAGACACGGACGCUGUGGAUGCUAUCAUAAGUAAGGAGAUCAGGUUGAAGCACGCUGCUCCCGUGGUGUCCCUAGUCAUCGUGGACAGCGAUUCCUACCCCUUGCCAGAUCCCAUUGACGUACAGAAUGAGCGCGCUAAGCCGCCCAACAUGAGCGGCCACAGCCUCAUCGUCUGCUCCGAGGAACAGUUCAAGGUUUUCCACCUGCCCAGCUUGAAACCAACCCGUAAGACCAAACUGACUGCUCACGAUGGCUCCAAGGUUCGCAAGGUCAGCACCAUCAACUUCAGAAGCCGAAGUGAUGACAACCACUCUGAGAACUGCAUCAGUUGCCUGACCAACCUGGGAGAGCUAGCCAUCUACAGCAUUCCAGCCCUCAAGAAGCAGCUGGGCUUCUCUGCUCUGCGUAAGGAGAACGUCUCGGGAGUCCAGUCUCUCAUCUUCACGUCUCGCGGCGAGGGAUUCUACCUGCUCUCACCAUCCGAGCUUGAAAGGUUCUCUCUGUCUGCCCGGUACUUCACCGAGCCCAUGUGCAUGCUGGAGCUCGCCGAGGGCAUGCGCCCGCCGCCCCCAGAACCCGAACCGGAACCAGAACCCGAACCAGCCCAGGAGCCCGAAGUUCCCGUAGACGGUCACCCAAUCGCCGAGGAGGCCCCGGCAGCAGAAGAGCCGGCUGCCGCGGCAGAGGAGGCACCCACGGCUGAGUCUGCAGCACCUGGUGCUGGUGGGGAUGCCGAGACCGAACCAGCGGCAGGGGCAGCGACAACUACAACAACGGUGGUGGUACAGGAGACUGAUAUGGAUGAUCCCAUGGCACAGGGUGGCACCACAGUGCAGUCCUCAUCCUCCAGGGUCACCUCUAGCACCACGGUCAUCAAGACAGAGAGGACGAUCAUCUCCUCCUCUAGCUCUGGCGGUCAGAGGGUGGUCACGACCGAGGAAACUAUGGUCAAAAGCAGUGGCGACGCCCAGACUGCUGACGAGCUUCACAACGAAGUGGACGAGCUCUUGGCCAAGAUUCCCAACAUCAGCGUCAACUUGGAGGGAGACACCGAGGAGAACCCAGACAUCACCUUGGAUGAGGUCAGGGAAUAUGGCAAAGAUGAUCAAGCCGGUGAGGUGCAUUCUGGGGACGCGACGGCCGAGGUAAACCACACUGCUGAUGAGAGGCAUGAAAGAAAGGGGGUCGUAGAGCUUCAAAUCAGAGAAGACACUGACUGAGGACCACGUUGGUUUUAGUUUGUUCGCCGAGCAUCGUGGGACGACCUUUCUCGUAGAACUAGCAUCAUCAAGUAACGGUUUACAAAUUAACUUUUUUUGUGGUUUUCUUCUUUUUUUUGUUCAACUUAUUGGACGUUCAAAUCUCUUCAUACGCGUGCGGCUUUGUGAAUGCCCGUUGUCAUAUUUCAAAUUCAAACCAGAAAAAAAUCAGAUUUUACGCAGAGAAGUGAGCAAGUAAAGACUUCAGGUAAAUGGCUGCAGUAAUAGUUGUUAAUCAGCAUGAAAAAAAGAACUGUGUAGUGUUACAAAAUGUGAGGGAAUUUUGACAAGCUUUUUUAAAAAGCAUUCUGUGAUAGUACUAAAAUAGCUCCAAGCUGAAGGAUAUAUUGAGGUUGGAUUUUAUCCAUUUUCCGAAAAAUUGCACUGCGUGAUUCAGAGCUGAAAAUGGUUGCGAACUGAGAAUUUUUGGGACAACUGCAUUUGCCAAGUUGUAGUACUAGAUGAAAUUUGCUUUUUUUUGUUUUGUUUGUUUUUUGUUAGAAGUUUCUUUGGAAAAGUAAGAACAGAUUUGAAAUGGAUUUAUGGAAUGACAGAUUUGUACUUCUGUGGGGAAAGAGAAAAUCACAUACGUGAUAAUACAAUUACUUGAAGCAUUUAAAUUGAAUUGUAAAAGGUCAGAAUUUGAUGAACCUGUUUAAAAACAAAAUUGUGAAUUUAAAGAAAUUGUAUUCCCUUGAUACAAGAAAAAUCGUAGUACUUGUAACAUUUGCUAUUUCAAUUACUGUUGUGCUUGUUGUGUGUAAAAAAAAAAUUAAAUAAAUAACAUGAGAGAUCGUGGGAGUGUGCAUUUGUCUGAAAUUUCAUUGUGACUCCCAAGUUAGCUUUAGUACUACUAGUAAAAGCUUUUGCCGUCAAGUCAUGAACUUUUAACAAAUUUCUUACAAUUAAGUCAGGAAACUGAGGGGCCAAAUGUUUUUCCUUACAACCUUGUCAAUAUCCAGGCCACUUUCCCUAACGUGACUGUGCAGAUGUUUUGAAUAUUUGGAGGACUGCACAUUUAAUUUUUUUUUUUUUUUUUGUGAAUUAUUUGUGGACACACUUGAGAUACAAAAGUUUUGAAACCUGACUUCCUGAAUAUCUGUAAAGCGAGAUAACGAUAUUUGUGUUUAAUUUACCAUUUUGCGAGACUUUGAACCGAUCCCCAGAUUUCUACUCCAGAUCUAAAAAUGUACCAGGCUGAUGAAAAGCUAGCUGUGAUGUUGGAAGGAAACUAUGAAAUGCGAUUCUGUUUAAGAAAAGGAAGCUUUGUGAGGGUGUUGUCAAACUAAAUCGUUUGUGCACCGUCACAAGGCCCUCGAUUGUUUAUAGUGUGAAAUAUUGCGUGUAAUGGGGUGUAUGUGCGAGGUUUUCGUGUGAAACACAUCAGUAAUAGGCAAGCUUAGAUGACAUCGUAGCUUUAAAAACGUAGGUAUAUUUGUGGCAGACUAAACGCAAAACGUUGAAGCCGAAGGGUACUGUGGAUUUUGAAUUCUGGCAUUGUCAGUUUUUCAUUCAUUGUUGUUCAAUUCAAUCACUUCCGUUUCUUUUUCCAGUGGUUUUUUUUUUUCAUGUCUUAAAGUGCCACGAGUUUUUAAUCUCACCCGUUUCUGUUGCCUUAUUAAAGAAACCAUUUGUAAGAAAAUUUGUCUUUAAAAGUCGUUCAGUACCAAAAACAACAACAGCGUACGAGUAGGUAGUUAAUGGUAGUUGGUUAGGUUUUAAAACUGAAAGCAAGAAUCUAGAGCAAUUUGUAUUCUCAUACAUACAUGUUUGGUGUUCAUAUUUGGCUUAUUGGUGAUAAAAAGCACUGGAAAAAAAAUACUGUAAUUAAAAUUACAUUGUACUAUCGAGUGGUCUUUGAUGUCGCGUAGUCUUUGCGAAUUGUACGUUUGAAACUUAGAUCGCAGAUGUUCAAAAAGGGGAUAUUCCUAAUGAAUUAAAAGUGUAAUUCAUGACAGGCUAAGCAUAUAAAUUCAUUAUGUGCAGUAGGUUAUGUAAACAUGUACGAGAAACAAUUUUUCUUCUGUUUUUUUUUCUGGAUUAAUAAUUGUAAUUUUACAGUUGUAUUCUAUUCUACUAGUGAAUGUUGAGUCCACAUUUUUAAGCUGUUUGAGCUGCUUGAGUCUUCAGAGACAAACAUGUUUUGUUGGUUUUGUCUCAAUUUUUGAGAUAUGUGGACUGCCAUGCCCUAUAUUUAAAGCGCCGUGCAAUUUAUGCAUACAUAUCUUGUAAUCACGCUCGAUUAUUAAUUUGCUAGUUCUCAUUAUUUUGCACAGUAAUCAGUUACUCUUGACAUAAUCUUGUAUUACUACUACUAGUCCAAAUUAGCAAAUACAUUUUUUCCUACGAGGAAGAGUAAUAAUACAAAUAAUAGUAAUGUAAUUUUUAGUUUAUGCACUUUUACACAAUAAUUUUGAGCUGUUUUGAGCCGAAAAAGUAAAACAAAGAUAAAAUUGCAGAGUUUCACACGGCUUCACAUGCUGUCUGCUGGAUGGAUUAAUUUCUCAGAGCUAGGAGGGUUUUUCUGCGGAGGAAAACACCUUGAUUAAGUACUUCAGUGGGCCCUUAGUUUUUAGCCUUUAAAGUAGAAGCAUAUUUGGCUGUGUUGUGCAUCAGUAUAAUGGUCUAACAUUCCCUUUCUGUCAUGUUACUAUGGAGUGUCCCAUUAAAACCAGACACUAAAAUGGGCGUGUAAACCCAGAUGUGUGUUGCUGAAA